AUGAUGCUUUUUUACUUUUUAGCAGCUCUUUUGAGCCCCGUUGAGAGCCUGAAAGUGAUCCUAGAUCCGGAUGAUCUUUCUUACGAUCGGGCGGUAGACACUUACUUCAAGGCGGUAGGGAUCGAGUCUGAAGACGAUGAGUUUUUCAGCCAGUUUGGUGGACUUUUGGAACGGUCGGAAAAGGGACUUCUAGCGUCCAGAAAGAUGAAACAGCUAAAGGUCGCAAUCGUCGGUGUAAUGGCAGACUCAAUCAAGAAGCUUAAUACAACGGUCGGCACCGGCUUCGGUCGAUACUGCGGCUAUGGUUGUUGGUGCUUAGCCGUCCACGAACACAUCAUUAUGGACGAAGUGGCGCCGGGCGGAAACCCAGUGGACGAUAUUGACAGAGCCUGCCGGCAACAUCACGUGUGCACUACCUGCUUAUCAGAUAAACACAAGACCAAGAGCAGCACGUGUCUGCCAGAAGACAACAUCUACAAAUUGAUAGUCGACACCGAGUCAAAGACACUAGACUGUUCACAGAAUAAGAAUCCUUGCAGAAGAGACAUUUGCGAAUGUGACAAGCGCUUGGCUCUAGAACUCAAAGAACACGAAAUGAGCUGGGACGUCAAAUAUCAUGCCGGAAGAGCUGGUUUCGACCGAGCAAAAUCCUGUCCCCACCACGGCGGUGGAGGAAACUCCAACGGAAGCGGCGGAGGAAAACCAAGACCACCACCAACCGGCGAUAAGUGUUGUGGAAACGCUCCAGAUUUCCAUCUGAAAACAAGAAGCCAACCCUUUUGCUGCCGCGGUUUACCAACUGAAAAUCAAGACUGCUAA